UGCUCCGUCCAUCGUUGAUCUGAUACAGGAGCAGCCAUGAGCGUGAAAGAGAAGCAGCAGCGCAUCUGCAGCCUGUUCGAACAUCUCACCUCUGUGAGCAGAGGCGCUGUCCCCGUCGAACAGCGUGAUCCUCGUCUCCAUGGCGUGGGGAAGCUGGCACAGGGAGAACUCUUCUCUUGUUUCCACGAGAAAGUCCUCGCGGAAGCCACCAAGCUCUAUGAGACCCUUUACGCUGCCAAGGACUUCGAUGACUUCAUGAAUCUGGCCAAACAAGCUCGUUCUUUUGUCAACGAGGGUCUAUUCGUUUAUGCUGCUUCUGUAGCCAUCUUGCACAGGGCUGACUGCCGUGGAGUGACGGUGCCUCCUAUCCAGGAGAUCUUCCCCGACAGAUUCGUCCCCAGUGAGACCAUUAUCCUCGCUCUCAAAGAAGUCCAGAAUCACCCCGACAAGGACAUAGUGGUAGAAAUUGAAUCAACCGGCAACAUCCUCGACCCAGAAUACAGAAUGAGCUACUUCCGAGAAGAUGUGGAAACCAAUGCUCACCAUUGGCACUGGCACAUCGUAUAUCCCGCCACCUGGAGGCCAGAGGUCAUGGGCAAACAUAAGGACCGAAAAGGAGAACUCUUCUAUUACAUGCACCAGCAGAUGUGCGCCAGGUACGAUUGCGAACGUUUGUCUAAUGGUAUGCGUCGAAUGAUUCCCUUCCAUAACUUCGAAGAAGAGCUGGAAGGCUACUCUGCUCACUUGACCUCCCUGGUCAGUGGUCUGCAAUAUGCAUCCAGACCAGAGGGCUUCCAUCUUCACGACUUGAAGGAUGUCGAUGUCCAAGACAUGAUCCGCUGGAGAGAGCGAAUCAUCGAGGCUAUCCACAUCGGCUAUGUCGAGGACGAGAAUCACCAACAGAUCCCCUUGACAGAAGAAAACGGUGUCGACAUCCUCGGAGCCAUCGUCGAAUCCAGCUAUGAAUCGAAAAACAAACUCUUCUACGGAAGCUUGCACAACUGGGGACAUGUCAUGAUGGCUAAAAUCACCGAUCCUGAUGGCCGAUUCAAUGAAAACCCUGGAGUCAUGAGUGAUACUUCCACAUCUCUUCGCGACCCGAUUUUCUACAGGUACCACAGAUUCAUUGACAACAUUUUCCAGGAAUACAAAUCAACCCUGAAACCAUACACUAAGGAGCAACUCGAGUUCCCCGGUGUCCACGUUGUCAAUGUGACUGUGAACGCUAAGUUGCCAAACCUUGUCACAACUUUCAUGAAAACUGAAGAACUGGAGCUCACUCACGGCAUCGAUUUCGGAACUGCCCAUUCAGUCAAGGUACGUUAUCAUCACCUGGAUCACGAACCUUUCACCUUUAACAUCAGCGUAGAUAAUCAAACUGGAGGUCCCGCGCAAGCAACCGUUCGAAUCUUCCUCGGACCCAAGUACGAUGAGCUUGGCAACCGACUAGACCCGGAGCACCAGAGAGGACUCUGCAUCGAGAUCGACAAAUUCCAACAAGAAUUGGCUCCAGGAAAGAACUCUAUCGCCCGAGACCACAAACUGUCCAGCGUAACAGUGUCCGAAAAGCACACCUUCAAGCAAUUGAAAGCAGGAGAGGGAGUGAGCGAGAACACAACCGAGUUCUGUAGUUGUGGCUGGCCCGAACACAUGCUCAUCCCACGAGGCUCUCACAAGGGCUCAGAAUUCGAUCUCUUCGUCAUGCUCACAGACUACUCUCAGGACGCAGUUGAAGGAGAACCAGUUGGUGUCUGCACAGACGCGAUCAGCUACUGUGGAGCCAAAGACCAUAAAUAUCCAGACAAACGACCCAUGGGCUUCCCCUUUGACCGUGUGAUUACAGCAUCCACCAUUGCUGAGUUCCUCGUCCCCAACAUGAGUUGCACCGAUGUUAAAAUCAAGCACCAAGGGCAUCCGAUCCGAAAGAAAUAUUUCCGGCCACCGUGUAAGGCCGUGAAUAGCAAUAACGCGAAGGCCGAGACCAAACAGUUCUACGAACACGAUUUCUGCGCGGCGUAUUUAAGAAGGGCUGCUCGAAUCCGGGGCAGUAGCCCGAGUCGUUUGCCCCCAGUCGCCAUGCCUGCUCAGGACCGCCAGCAUCGUAUUCUGCCCCUUUUCGAGCACCUGACCUCUUUGACCAGGUCAGUCUUGCCCCCUGAUGAGCGAGAUCCUCGUCUAAAGCGCUUGGGGCGCCUACCUCGUGGCACCCUCUUCUCGUGCUUUCAUACCGAGCAUCUCAUCGAGGCAGAAGAGCUUUAUGAAAUCUUGCAUGGAGCCAAGGACUUCGACGAUUUGAUUCGUUUGGCCGAACAAGCACGAGACAUCGUGAAUGAAGGUUUGUUCGUAUAUGCGGUGUCCGUAGCUAUCUUGCACCGUGACGACUGUCGAGGCGUCACCGUUCCUCCGAUCCAGGAAAUUUUCCCGGAUAGGUUCAUUCCGGCAGAGACUAUCAAUCAAGCUGUUAAGUUAGAUCUUCACAGGACAGAAGAUGGUCCUUUGACUGUGGAUAUCAUUGAAACAGGAAACAUCUUAGAUUCUGAGCACAAGCUCGCAUAUUUCAGAGAAGAUAUCGGUGCUAAUGCUCACCAUUGGCACUGGCACAUCGUUUACCCAGCAACAUGGCGCCCACAAAUCAUGGGUAAAGUUAAGGACAGGAAAGGAGAACUCUUCUACUACAUGCACCAACAGAUGUGCGCAAGAUACGAUUGCGAUCGUCUCUCGAUCGGUCUGCAACGAAUGAUUCCCUUCCAAAACUUUGACGAAAAACUCGAAGGCUACUCCCCCCAUUUGACUUCGUUGGUAAGCGGCCAUCACUACGCAAAUCGGCCAUCUGGUAUGAGCUUGCACGAUUUGAACGAGCUGGUGGAUGUUCUGGACAUGACACGAUGGAGAGAAAGGCUUCUGCAAGCUAUCCAUUUGGGUGUGUUGGUCGACGAUCAUGGCAACGAGGUCAUUCUCACUCCUGAACACGGCAUCGACAUGUUGGGCGCAAUGCUCGAAUCAAGUUACGAAUCUAAGAACCGAGAAUACUAUGGAAACCUUCACAACUCUGGACACGUCAUGAUGGCUCGCAUCCAUGAUCCUGAUGGUAGAUACAAGGAAAGCCCCGGUGUUAUGAGUGAUACAUCUACCUCUCUUCGUGAUCCAAUUUUCUACAGGUAUCACAGAUUCAUUGACAACAUUUUCCAAGAAUACAAAGCAACUCUUCCUGUUUAUGACAAAAAAGAUCUGGACUUCCCCGGUGUAACUGUUGUAAAUGUCACGGUAAAUGCCAAAGUGCCAAACAUUGUGAACACUUUUAUGAAAGAAGAUCACCUAGAACUUUCGUAUGGAAUCUCUUUGAAAGGACCAGUAAAGGUAAAAUACCAACACUUAGACCACGAGCCCUUCACUUAUUCGAUCAGCGUUGAGAAUACGACUGGAGCCACCAAGCAUGCCACAGUUCGAAUCUUCUUGGGGCCAAUUCAUGACGAAUUGGGCAACAAACUUUCCCUCAAUGAGCAACGACGAUUCUUCAUUGAAUUGGACAAGUUUCAUCAUGAACUUGCUGCUGGAAAGAAUACAGUGACACGUAAAUCUACAGAGUCAUCUGUUACUGUAGCUUCCACUCCAUCAUUUAGCAAACUUCAAUCAGGAGAAGGAGUCAGUGAAAAUAGCACUGAAUUCUGCAGCUGUGGAUGGCCAGAACAUCUUUUGGUACCUCGUGGAAACCACAAAGGCAUGGACUUUUAUCUCUUUGUUAUGCUGACCGACUAUGAACAAGAUCAUGUGAAUGGACUGAAUGACAAAUCCAUUUGUGCUGAUGCUGUGAGCUACUGUGGUGCUAAAGAUCAGAAAUACCCAGACAAGAAGGCAAUGGGAUUCCCCUUCGAUAGAGUGAUCAAGGCCCGCACAGUGUCUGAAUUUAGUUCACACAACAUGUCUUUCACAGAAGUAAAGAUCCAGUUUAAGGAAGCUUAAGGAUGAUGAACAUUUCCCUACUUUGUAAAAUUUGAAUUGCAGACAACAUACAUUCAAUAAAUGUUUCUCUAAAAAUAAAAA